GGGCGGCCGGUGCGCCCCCCCCGCCGCGCCCCCUCCCCUCUCCCCCCUGCGAUCACUGUCCAUUGGCUUGUCCUGCUCUCUUUUUCAUGUCCAGCCCCUGAUGAGUGUCCAUUGGUGUUGCCUUCGCCUUCCCUCCUCCCCUCUCCCCGGCUUGCCCUGCCCAUGUUUUGUAUGUCUCUGUCCAUCCAGGCUCCUGACGUUCAAGUUCGCAGGGACGUCACGUCCGCACUUGAACUUGCAGCUCAGGGGGGCUUUUGCCAUUUUUUUCAUCUCUCUCUCUCUCCUUCUCUCUCUCCCUCUCUCUCUCUCCCUCUCCCUCUCUCUCUUUUUUUCCUUGCACAAAAAAAAAAAAAGCCAUGACUGCUAUCCCACAAUUCAUCUUCCCUGCGCCAUCUUUGUAUUAUUUCUAAUUUAUUUUGGAUGUCAAAAGACAUUGAUGAAGAUAUUUUCUCUGGAGUCUCCUUCCUCUCUAACCCGUCUCUCCCGAUGUGAACCGAGCGACUCACAAGCCACCGAAGCCACCAACCCACCAUGUCGCGCCGCAAGCAAGGCAAACCCCAGCACUUAAGCAAACGGGAAUUUUCACCCGAACCUCUUGAAGCCAUUCUCACUGAUGACGAACCUGAACAUGGCACAUUGGGAGCUCCGGAAGGGGACCACGACCUCCUCACUUGUGGCCAGUGUCAGAUGAACUUUCCGUUGGGGGACAUUCUUAUUUUUAUUGAGCACAAACGGAAACAAUGCAAUGGCAGUCUCUGCCUAGAGAAGGCUGUGGAUAAGCCACCUUCACCCUCACCAAGUGAGCUGAAAAAAGCAUCCAAUCCCGUGGAGGUUGGCAUCCAGGUUACGCCAGAGGAUGACGAUUGUUUAUCAACGUCAUCUAGAGGAAUUUGCCCUAAACAGGAACAUAUAGCAGGUAAAGAUGAGCCCAGCAGCUACACGUGUACGACUUGUAAACAGCCUUUCAACAGCGCCUGGUUCCUCUUGCAGCACGCACAGAACACACACGGCUUACGGAUCUACCUAGAAAGCGAGCACGGCAGCCCCCUGACGCCACGGGUUGGUAUCCCAACAGGACUAGGUGCAGAGUGCCCUUCCCAGCCACCUCUCCACGGGAUUCACAUUGCAGACAAUAACCCUUUUAACCUGCUCAGAAUACCCGGCUCGGUCUCGAGGGAGGCGUCGGGGCUGGGAGAAGGGCGUUUCCCACCCACGCCGCCCCUCUUUAGCCCUCCCCCGAGGCACCAUUUGGAUCCGCAUCGCAUUGAGCGCCUGGGUGCGGAAGAAAUGGCUCUGGCCACCCAUCACCCUAGUGCCUUUGACAGGGUGCUGCGACUGAACCCCAUGGCGAUGGAGCCCCCCGCUAUGGAUUUCUCCCGGAGGCUGCGGGAGCUGGCCGGCAACACCUCCAGCCCACCCUUGUCCCCGAGCCGGCCCAGCCCUAUGCAAAGGUUGCUGCAGCCCUUCCAGCCCGGCAGCAAGCCCCCGUUCCUGGCCACGCCGCCCCUCCCUCCUCUGCAGUCUGCUCCUCCUCCCUCCCAGCCCCCCAUGAAGUCCAAGUCCUGUGAGUUCUGUGGGAAGACCUUCAAGUUUCAGAGCAACCUGGUGGUCCACCGCCGGAGCCACACGGGGGAGAAGCCCUACAAGUGCAACCUCUGCGACCACGCCUGCACACAGGCCAGCAAGCUGAAGCGCCACAUGAAGACCCACAUGCACAAGUCCUCCCCCAUGACAGUGAAGUCGGAUGACGGGCUCUCCACCGCCAGCUCCCCUGAGCCGGGCACCAGCGACCUGGUGGGCAGCGCCAGCAGCGCCCUCAAGUCCGUGGUGGCCAAGUUCAAGAGCGAGAAUGACCCCAACAUGAUCCCUGAGAACGGGGAUGAGGAAGAGGAGGAGGAGGAGGAGGAAGAAGAGGAGGAGGAGGAGGAGGAGGAGGAGGACUUGAACGAGAGCGACCGGCCGGACUAUGGCUUCGGGAUGAGCCUGGAGGCGGCCCGUCACCACGAGAACAACUCGCGGGCUGGCGAGGAGGGCCGGGCGAUGCCGGACGUCAUGCAGGGCAUGGUCUUGAGCUCCAUGCAGCACUUCAGCGAGGCCUUCCACCAGGUCCUGGGGGAGAAACACAAGCGAGGCCACCUCCCCGAGCCCGAGGUGCACAGGGACACUUGCGACGAAGACUCGGUGGCCGGCGAGUCCGACCGCAUCGACGAGGGGGCCGUCAAUGGCCGGGGCUGCUCCCCGGGGGAGUCUGCCUCGGGAGGCCUGUCCAAAAAGCUGCUGCUGGGUAGCCCCAGCUCCCUGAGCCCCUUCUCCAAACGCAUCAAGCUGGAGAAGGAGUUCGACCUGCCGGCCGCCGCCAUGCCCAACACCGAGAACGUUUACUCCCAGUGGCUGGCGGGCUACGCCGCCUCCCGGCAGCUGAAGGACCCCUUCCUCAGCUUCGGCGACUCCCGACAAUCGCCCUCCGCCUCCUCCUCCGAGCACUCCUCGGAGAACGGCAGCCUGCGCUUCUCCACGCCGCCGGGCGAGCUGGACGGAGGGAUCUCAGGCCGCAGCGGCACGGGAAGCGGAGGGAGCACCCCCCAUAUUAGUGGCCCGGGCCCUGGCAGGCCCAGCUCAAAAGAGGGCAGACGCAGCGACACUUGUGAGUACUGUGGGAAGGUCUUCAAGAACUGUAGUAAUCUCACCGUCCACAGACGGAGCCACACGGGCGAGAGGCCGUAUAAGUGUGAGCUUUGCAACUACGCCUGCGCCCAGAGUAGCAAGCUCACCCGGCACAUGAAAACACACGGGCAGGUUCGGCGUACCCCCCCAGCUGGCGCAGCGCCCAGGGAGCCCCGGAUGUCUGGCAGUUUUCGGAUGGAAGUUCCAGAGCACUUAAAUUCUGAGAGGAGGUGAAGCUGGGGUGAGCGGCCGGCGGCGUCUGGGCGACCGGAGGUGCCUCUGUCCUGCUGGCUCGCCACAUCCAUCCAUCCCUGGGAGAGCCUGAGGAGUCACCCGCCGACAGCAGCGCUCCCCGGGCUCCUCCUGCCUGCAAGACUAUCGUAUUUAUAUUUUGUAAUAGAGUACAACACUUCUUUGGGGCUGGGUUUUUCGGUUUUUUGGGGGUUUCUUUUUGUUCAUUGGGUUUUGGUUUUUUUUCUUCAUUUUCUAAAAACAAACACAUGAAAAAAAACCCACCCACCAAGGUCAAGGGCUUAAUGAUGGCUCCGACUGGCUCCUUUCCCCACGGAAAAGACUGUCUUGCUCUCAUGGACAAGCCGGCCUCUUGGUUAUCUCCGCAACGUGCCAUUCCUCGGGAGGCACAUCUGAUGUGAUGAAUUAAAAAUAAAGCAAAACACAGUGUAGGUCUGUGGGUGGGUGGGAAAUUGCCAUAAUAAAUGUUGGAGCUUUAGGUUUUGUUUGCUCUGUCUUUAAUUUUUAAUGCUAACAAGGGCCAGACGGCUGGUGUGACUCUGUGUUCCCGUACCCUCUGCGGAAAAGCGAGUGCUGGGUUUUCACUGGGAAUGGUGUUGGCACGAGGGGCUGGUGGACAGGACAGACCUUUCCCACAGAGCUAGGCCAGGAGCUGGGCUUAGGGCUGAGCACCCUGAGUGCUCCUGAGCCACCUCUGGCCUUUGGUGAUGCUGAAGAGGGGGGGUUCCCUUGGUGAAUUCCAGCUGUGGUGUUGCAUUUUGCUGCUGAGCUCUGUGCUCCCGGGGCUGCCGGGCUCUGUGAUGUCUGCUUGAGGAGAAGUGAGGCCAGCACAGGUUUUGGGAGGGGUGACAGCCAUGCUGAGAGUCAGACCAGGGGAUGCAGAGCCUGCCCUGAGCUGGGGGAGGUUGUUGUCCUGCUGCUGCCCGGUUGUUGUCCCGGUGUUUGCCAGGCUUUGCCGUCCCUUGCUCGGCGCUGAGCAGCACCCAAGGAGUGUCCUGGGUGGGAGCCCAGGCUCUGUGCUGAGCAGAAGAUGGGUUAUGUGUGAGCUUUGUGCUGGCUCUGAUGGGACUGACAGGCUGUAGCUGCUCCUGCCUGUGCUGGCUGGUGGGAAUGGGCCUUAUUUGGUGAAAGGAGCAGCUGGGUAGCGAGUGGAGUGGCUGGCUGGGAUCAGCGGGAUGGAGCCGUGGGGAAAGGGCCAGUGGACUGCUUGGCUUUGUGCAUUAACUUCAGUCCCACUCCUGUUCUGAGUGAGACCCUCACUUGGGGUGACUGGUGAAACCUGGUGUAGGGAAAACGAUGUUGCCUUUUCCAUGGACAGUGUUGCUCUUUUGUUGUUUAAAACGCCGGGCUGUGUUUUUCUCGUGGUGGCCUGGGCACAGCACAAGCACAGACACUUCAGUACCUUAAAAUCUGGCUGGGGUGGGCAGCAGGAGCAUCUCCAAAGGGUGCCACACUGGAGCACUUGGUGCACUGGGAUGGACACAAAGGGAGCUAUUGCUGCUUCUCCUAAGGUGAUUUGGUCUUUGAGGGCAGACUAUCCAAAAGUCUAUGCACAGCCUCUGCUCUUUUUUUACCAUGAGGGGAUGUUUUUAAAGUUUCUUCCUAACCCAACCUGUGCUGCCACCUCUGUGUCUGCUCCUAAGGGUUUUUUGAGCCUUGGAAGGGUGGAUCCUGUUGGAUUAAGCACCUGAUUGAUUGUGGGUGCACAGUGGUGGAGAGUGAGACACCUGCUCCUGCCUGCCCUGGGCUCUCUGCUCCAGGCAGCCGUGUCAGACCAGGGCUGGCGAGUCCCUGACUGCCAGGGGGGCUGCUCUUCUCGUUUCUCUGGGCUGCUGGGCAGGACCCACCUGGUCUGUACCCACAGCCUGGCCCAGGGCUCUGGGAAGCUGCUUUGUGAGGGGUUCCAGCGAGCUGGCUCCUUCUGGGGGUGUCUGACCCUUGCUCUGUGUGGGCACAGGCCCAGCUCAGUUUGUGGAUGUCUCCUGGGCUAGCUGGUUGUGCUUUUGCUGCUCUGCCUGGUGGAACAAGUGUGAUGGGAUCUGCUUCCUCCGGCUGUGGCUUGUCUCUCCUUCAGCAGGCAGUGUGAGGGCAAGGGUCUCUCCCAGGAAAAGCGAGAAAUAACAAAGUGGGGGUGGCUCAGUGUGUUCUGCCAAGCACAGAAGUGACACCUGAAAUGCUGAAGAUGUAGUCAAAUCGUCUUUGAAAUGUCUAUUUUUUAAUACAGUUGUUAAAAACUCUCCCCCAACUCUUAGGGCUUUGAAACAUCUUCAGAAUUCCUGUUGCCUUAACAGGUGCCAUGUCUGUGCUGAGAGCCCCCUGUGAGCCGUGGGGCUCCUCUCCCUGCUGCCAGCCCUGCUCCUGCUCCUGCUCCUGCUCCUGCCCCUGCUCCUGCCCCUGCUCCAGACUCUGCUGUGGCUCCUGCAGAGCCCCAGGACAGCCUCAGCACGGGUCUGCUGGAGAUUCCAAAGGGUCUCCACUGCCCUGGGUGAGCUGGGGGGGCUGUGGGCUUUAAUUCAGGGUGUCAUCAGGGCCCUCCUUUUGUCUGAGCAGGGCUUGGCUGAGCCCCCUUGCUGUGUCUGGGCUUGGGAUCACCAGCAGCUUAAUGAGUUUCUGCCAAUUAACAAGAGUGCAAGGUUUGCUGUGAGGGGAGGGCUGGGAAGUUGUUAGAGGGGCGAUAUUCCCAGGGGUUUUGUAUUUUGGCAUAUUCUCCAGGUGUUGGUCUGCACAUCCAAAUUGGAAAUAAGGUGUGGUUGGCCUUUAUUAAGAAAACAAAGCUCCUAAGGUUUUGGGGGUCUUAAUAAAGAAAAGAUUAAUCUUCUUCCCAGUCCUGGGGGUUGAGAUGAACAAGAUUCCUGGGAAUCACCUGGCUUAACUUGGAGGUUUUGGGUUUAAAAAGCUGUUUUCAGACUUGGAGAUGAUCUGACUAUGCUGUGUUUGAUUUCUAAGCACACUUUUCCUGACACUAAAAUGCAGCAAAGGUCAAGCCUUUUGUGAAGUCUAGCUUAAAUUUUGCUUUCAAAAUAAUGUAUGUUUUGGAUUCGUGAUGCAUCUGGGCUGUGGACUUUUAUGGGAUGCAAGACCUCUCCCCAGAAGGGAUCUGAGAACAGAUUUUGUGAGUGAGUUUCCAGGCAAAACUGCCAAGCUCCUUGUGGUUUUUUUCAGCUUUGUGUUGGGUCCCACUAAGUGGCUGUGUUCAAGCAGCAUCGUGGUGUCGGUGGGUGACAGCACAGCUGAGGGCUCUGGGGGAAAGUGCAGGGAAGCUCCAUCCUCCUUGGGUUAUUUUAGCAUCUUUAGCCUUUCCUUUGGGUUUGCAUCUCCUUUCUUGUGUGUGUUUGAGCUCUCUGGGUGCUGGUGAGGCCUGGGGUGAGCCUUUACCUGGGGGUUUUUGGCACUGAGGACGGGGAGGAGCUGCUGAGCACCACUGCUGUCCCAGGGCUCCCUGCUCUGCUGGGCUGUUUCACCUGACCCCACUGAAAAGUCUCCUUGAGGAGUGAGCUGGAGCCCCCAGCCCUCAAAAACGGGAGUGGUGCCUCAUUUCCUUCCUCUCUGCUUCUCCUCCCACCCAGCUCUCCCAUUCCAGCUUCAUCAUUCCAUUGUGUCUUGUAUCUGCUGCAGGUCAAACAUUGCCCCUCCAUCCCAGUUCUCUCCCCCCCCAGAAAUCACCCUCUUAGGAUUCAUCUUCUGCAGGGGUCCCAGCAAUCAGGCUAUUCCCAAGGCAAGGUGGAGUUGCAGGGGGCAGAACAAGGGCAGAAUGAAACCCCUAAACCCCAAACACGGCCCUUCCUCCUUAAUCUCCCUGGAUAGAGUUACACAUCUGGUGGAGGCUUGCUCGUUGUUGCCAUGACUUUUAUUGCAUCUUUAGCACUGAUGAAGUUCAGAUGGCAGGACCAGGGGGCCCCAGUUCCAUUUCUCCUCCUGGCCUCCCGUCAUGAGCACGGCGCCAUCCCUGGGAACGCCGGCUCCGAGGGCGGGAGCAGGGGGAAAACCUGGCUCUGGGCAUGGCAACAGGUGGGUGGAGAUGCCUGUGUUGGGUGAGCACCACAUUCUGCACGGAGGGGGUGAUGGGCAGGUGGUUUCUCCUGACAAAACCCAGGUGAGGUGGAUCCCACCUUUCCCUGGUGGCCGCGCCGGUCCCGAGCUCGGUCCAUCCCUGGUGGCUCUUCCCUGGCCCUUUCCAUGACCCUCUGGGCUUCCAGUGGCGAUGUACAGAAGCUCCCAGCUCCCCCCAAUGUCUGCAUGUGUCUAAGGGCUAUACAGGACUCACUGGCGGGCCCCCCGGGGGCGGGAUUUGUGCAUGCAAAUGAAGGUUGUGUUUGGCUUCUCAUACUCGGGUCUAUAUUCCAUAUUGUGUUGACCAAGAAAAACACCUCAGCCCCUGUGCUGAAGAAUGUGAUGGACUGAUGGCUUUCAGAAACGUACUGUAAAUCAAGGAGGCUAAUAAAU